AUGUGCGGUUGGGAUGGUUCGGUGGGUUCGGUUGGUGUAGGAGUAGGUUCGGUUGAUGUAGGUGUAGGUUCGGUGGGUGUAGGUGUAGGUUCGGUAGGAGUAGGUUCGGUUGGUGAAGGCUGGGCUUGUUCGGUGGGCUCAGAGCCAGAUUCGGUGGGUGUAGGUGAGGGUGAGUGUGGGCCGGAUGGAAGAGGUGUAGAGGUGGAGCCGGUUAAUGGGUUUGUAGGUAGUGGAUCAAUUGGAUGGGACAGUGGACAUGUGGUUGGGCUAGGAUUAGGAAGUGGUGUGUGGAAGUAG